AUGCGAUGGCUCACUUGGACAAUACUCUCUACCCUUAUCUUGAUUUCAACAACCACUGAAGCGGCCACAGCCAUGCCCAAUCUCGAAAUUGCGACGAAGGAUUCGAGGCUCACUGCUACAUUUUCUGCCCGAGCACUGUCAACCGAGCUCAAUAGCCAUGCCAAAAAUAUUCUUCGGAGCAACACCAUCAAGGCAACCACGGAGGAACAAGGCAUGCUCGAAUUUAUUUUGAAUAUAGCUGUCAAUCGCAUGUUCAAGUGGCUGUACAAUUGGGGAGAGACACCGUUGAGCGUCAGAUCAAAGAUGAUGGGGCGUGAUAACUUCCUCGUUGGCGACUUCAGAGUUUGGUGGGAGACGACUCGUGCGACAGGUAGAAUGCCCAAAUGGAAGUACACCCCACACAGUUGA